UUUGUUAUUGUUUGUUAUCACAACUUACGGUGUUUUUCUGUGAUAUUUUUUUUGUUUUGUUAUUGUUUGUUAUCACAACUUACGGUGUUUUUCUGUGAUAUUUUUUUGUUUUGUUAUUGUUUGUUAUCACAACUUACGGUGUUUUUCUGUGAUAUUUUUUUUGUUUUGUUAUUGUUUGUUAUCACAACUUACGGUGUUUUUCUUUGA